AAAUAUGAUGUUCUGAGUACGAUAAUCUGUGGUAACGCUGGCCGCGGACCUCGAUCAGCUGCUCAGUGUUUACGUAAAGCUCGUGAAGGUGAGGUCAUGGCGCUGUCCCUCCGCUGCGCCCAACGCCUCUUCAGCAGGACCGUGGCCCCGCGAGUGACGGGUCAUGCAUUCUACCGUGACAAGGGAGAUAUGCACCCCGCCCCCCCGGAUAUUCAGGAGCCCACCAUCCCGCCCUACGAAGAGAAGGUUGGGGAGCCACUGCACCUGAAGAGGGCCAGGCUGCAGUACCAGUCCAGGAAGCGAGGAAUGCUGGAGAACGGCCUCAUCCUGAGCACCUUUGCCCACCGAUACCUUUCCUCCAUGACUGAGCAACAACUGUCUCUCUACGACCGCCUCAUUAACCUGCCCUCCAACGACUGGGAAAUCUACUACUGGGCCAUAGGUGUGCAGCCGACCCCACAAGAGUUUGACAACGAGGUGAUGACGAUGCUGAAGGAGUUUGUCAAGAACUCCAACAAGGAAGACCGAACAAUCCAGCCAAACCUCCACUAGCAAACCUGUACAUAUUAAGGAUAGGAAAUUUAUGUUCAGGAGAAAUAGAUACAAUGUUAGUGAUAGUGUGUACAUUUGUAAAUAUUGUUUCAUAAGUUACUGAGAAUCCUCUUUUAUUGUUUGUUAAAUACUGUUAGUCAAAAUUCAUCCUCUAUCAGGUCUGCUCUUAAGCCUAUGUCGUGCACAAACAAGAAGUCCUUGACUUUAAAUGUCAGCUGAGUCAGUGAGCUUUCAUUGCAUACUCACUGGGCUUUGCAUACUGCUUGAGAUGCUGCAGCCCUUUGUGUGUUGCUUAGUUCUGCCUGUAAAAAUGUAAGGGCAAAUAUAUGUGAACUAUGACCAUAA